UCAUCAUAUGCAACAUCUUCAACAUGGACAACCACAAAAUUGCUCAAAUCAUAAUAUUUCUCAAUUUAGGAACUCUUCUUGUUACUAUAGCAUGCCCAACUUGUGAGAUCCCUACUCCACCAAAGGUGAAACCACCACACCCCCCUAAGCCUCCGGCGCCGACACCAACGCCCCACGUCCCCAAACCACCGAUACACCCGCCACAUGUAAAACCGCCGUACCACCCCAAGCCAACACCUACCGUCCCGCCAAAGGUGAAACCGCCUCCCAUGGUCAAGCCACCACCCACUGUACCCAAGCCUCCCGUAGUCGAGCCACCAGUCGUACCAAAACCACCCGUUGUCACUCCCACACCGCCUGUCGUGCCUAAACCUCCAGUAGUCGAGCCACCAGUCGUACCAAAACCACCUGUUGUCACUCCCACACCACCUGUCGUGCCCAAACCUCCCGUAGUUGAGCCACCAGUCGUACCAAAACCUCCCGUAGUUGAGCCACCGGUCACUCCCACACCUCCCAUUGUCAAACCCACUCCACCAUCAGAAACUCCGUGUCCACCACCACCACCAACGAUACCGCGACCACCACCAAAGGCAUCAGACACGUGCCCAAUCGACACCUUGAAACUAGGCGCGUGUGUCGACCUAUUGGGUGGCCUCGUGCACAUAGGGGUUGGGCCAAGCGCCAAGGAAAAGUGCUGCCCGGUGCUAGAGGGGCUAGUGGGGUUGGACGCUGCCCUCUGCCUAUGCACUACCAUCAAAGCCAAGCUUCUCAAUAUCAACAUUAUCCUCCCCAUUGCCCUAGAAGUUCUUGUUGGCUGUGGCAAAACUCCACCUUCUGGAUUUCAAUGCCCUGCUUAGUUAUUAUUAAGGUUGUUACAACUUUUUUAUUACAGUACUACAAAAUUUCCUAAUACUUGUGUCUUGAUACCAUAAAAUGGGAUCUUAUUCAGUUUUGAAAUCAAUAUUGAAUAAGAGACUACUUAGAUUGUAGACACAAGUGUAUGCUUAUAUAUUUUUUCAAUUUCAAAAUGUAUGCUAGUGUAUACAUAAAUAUCAAUUUCAGUUUCGACAA